AUGGAAAUGUUUUUUUUAUUGCCGGCGUUACGCUGUGAUGAAGUGGUCGGCCUGUUGUUUGUGACGCGCUCUGAUACGUUGUGGAUGAGUUGCUCUUUUAUGCUCUCCACUUUGAAAUGUCAUUUCGCGUCGAGAGCUUAUUUGUUUGGCAAAUCCUUCACUCUAACGAUAACGAUAUCGACCACGCCACCGCAAGUGACCACUUACAACAAGGCGAUCAAAGUCACCGUCGACGGACCUCGAGAACCACGAUCUAAGACCAGGCAGCAACAGCAGUUCCACUUCGCUUUUGGACAGAGGCCGUUUCCCUUUCCGCCAGACCCACUCGGAGGAUUCCGCAUGCCACCCAUCACUACGUGUCAAAAUAUGAGCCAAUUUGGGCUUAGUUCGAGUAAUUCACACUGGGGUUACGGCGGUGCAGGAGCAUAUCCUGCUUACUUGCCUUCUUGUGCCGCGCCUGCCGCCACUCAAUUCAACCCUCCAGCACUUGGCUUCGCAGGAACUGUGCCCGACCAGACUCCUACGCAGGACUUUACAAAUAAUACUGUUCUACCGGAUACAACGGGAGUUGAUUUGGACCAGCAGCUGUCGGGUCUAGUGGGGUCAUCACCAUCUCAUCACGGCAGCCUCCUUCCUCGAUACAACAACAACACAGAUUACAGCUUAUCAACAGGACCCCGGUCACUAAGCGAUAACAGCUCCCAGCCAGAAUCUCCAGUGCAAGACGACUUACUAACAUCGAACACUAGCACAAACAUCGGGCACAAUCAUACAAACAGUUCCAAUUUCCCAUCGUUAAUGGGAUCUCAGAAUUCAUCUUAUAAUAGCAACUGUAACAAUUCUUUGUACCCUGUAUUGCCGGCUAGCUUGUUAUAUAGCCAGUUAUACACAGCGGCAAACCAAACACAUAAUUUUCAUCCAUUGCAUUCGAAUUCUAUUCACUCGACACAGAAUCAUCACAACGAGUUGCAGACGAUGAUGGAUCAGAUUUCUUCGACUACGAAUAAUCACCGUCAGCACGGUAACCACGGGCAGGGGGACUUGUUAUUAGGGGGAGGGAACUCGUGUGCCGCGGCGGCGGCGAGAGGGGAGGACGGCAGGGUUAAUAGUCUCGGACAACGAGGUAAUCCCCAACCAGACAGUAACACUGUAUGGCGGCCGUAU